UCCGCCGCCGACCUCGGGGCGGGGAGAGCGACGCGCGCACCAACCCGGCGCCGCCUCUGGAGCCGUAGGUAGAGGGGAGGCUGCGCUGCCGGCCGGGGUGUGUAGCCCGCCCGGCUCCUGGGACGCUGAGCGCGCCUUCGGCCUUCCGCGGGCGCUCCCGAGAUGGGGCAGGAAGCCCGCGCGUCUGGGGAUCCGUAGCUCCCGGCCCGAUCCCGCCGGUUCCCGCAGCUUUGGGGCCCGCGGGAAGGACCUUUGAGGGAGCAGGGAGCUGGGCUCAGACGAGAUGGCCCUGGUGCCCUAUGAGGAGACCGCAGGAAUGGGGCUGCAGAGAUUCCACAAGCCUCUUGCCACCUUCUCCUUUGCAAACCACAGGAUCCAGAUCCAACAGGACUGGAAGCAGCUGGGAGUCGCUGCGGUGGUUUGGGACGCGGCUGUCGUUCUUUCCACGUAUCUGGAGAUGGGAGCUGUGGAGCUCAGGGGCUGUUCUGCCGUGGAGCUGGGUGCUGGCACAGGGCUGGUGGGCAUAGUGGCUGCCCUGCUGGUGGCUACAAAGUAUUGGGCUGGAGAAGUACUGAUGUUAAAACUUGAGGAUUUUUCAUCCUUGGACUCCACGUUAUCCUUGAAGAGGAUGAGCUCCCGAGCGAAGUCUGAGGGUGCAGAGGGGGCCACUUCUGCUUGCCGAACUCAGAAGCUUUGGCUAGCUUGUCACAUGGGGACUCUACAUUUUAUAGGCAUGAUUUCAGCAAAUCAAAAGUUCACUUUUACCUGGAGGCAGUGCAGGAGGAGCAGCUGGCCAUUGUUCCGAGGUGCUCAUGUGACUAUCACGGAUCGAAAAGUAGCAUUAGAGUUUCUUAAAUCAAAUGUGCAAGCCAACUUACCGCCCCAUAUCCAACCCAAAGCUGUUGUUAAGGAGCUGACUUGGGGACAGAAUUUGGGGAGUUUUUCCCCUGGAGAAUUUGACCUGAUACUUGGAGCUGAUAUCAUAUAUUUAGAAGAAACAUUUACAGAUCUUCUUCGAACAUUGGAACAUCUCUGUAGCAACCACUCUGUGAUUCUUUUAGCUUGCCGAAUUCGCUAUGAACGGGAUCACAACUUCUUAGCGAUGCUGGAGAGGCAAUUUACUGUGAGUAAGGUUCACUAUGAUCCUGAAAAAGAUGUUCAUAUUUACAAAGCACAGAAGAGAAACCUGAGGGAGGACUUAUAGUUGGCUAUGAUUUAUGUUAAUUAAGGUCUCAGACUGGGAAUAUAAACAUAUGUACUGAAAUGGCUUACUGUAGAAAAAAGGCAAAGCAAAAUGUGCAGUGUUUUGUCCCAUAUUUGUGACUUUUUAGUUAUAUUUUGAUAACUCUGAAAUUCAAAUACCAUUAAAGGAAAGUUCGAGA